GAUAAAAGUGGCCGAAUUGCUCGCCGUUGUCGCUCUUUUGCUUUUCUCCCGUCUCCUUCAAAUAGCGGAGUGCUCGGACACGAAAUGCCAUUUUUGUCAGAGGAGACCCGGACGAGGACAGGAGGACGCUGACAUAUGAGGCUGUCCUCCACCUGCCACAGUGUAUGGAGCCCAGGCGUUGUUGCUAGGAAACCUUUUGACAGCUGGAAGAUUUUGGAAAGUGACAGUCAAUGCAACAAAGAUGUCUACUUAUCUGGCUGAUGUGUGUUGCCACCGAGGAGACCACAGUCUUUAGACGCAUAGAACCUCCCUGCCACAAGAGACCCUUCGUUCUGCGUGCAGGGGCAUGCCUUCUGAACCAGGCCUCAGCAGGGAGAUGCUGACAGGACAAAGACUCUGUCAGUCCAAGUCCCACCAGGACACCGUGCUCGCUGCCCUCAACCAGCAGAGGAAGGACGGCCUUCUGUGCGACGUCACGCUGGUGGCAGGGGAGCAAAAGUUCCACGCCCACAAAGCCAUCUUGGCAGCAUGCAGCGAUUACUUCCGUGCCAUGUUCAGCUUGUGCAUGGUGGAGAGUGCGGCAGAUGAAGUUACUCUGCAAGGAGUAACCCGUGUUGGACUGAAGCACGCCUUGGACUUUGCCUACACUGGACAGAUUGUGCUGGAGCCAGCAGUGAUUCAGGAUGUUUUGUCUGCUGGCAGCCACCUUCAGCUGCUGGAGCUCCUCAGCAUCUGCUCCCACUACCUCAUCCAGGAACUGAGCGGCGUGAACUACUUGGAGUUGUAUCGCGUGGCCGACCUCUUCCACCUGCCUGCCUUAGAGGAGGCCGUGGUGGACUUUUUGGUGGGUCACCUCUCUGAGCUCAGCCGCAACCGGCAGGAGGAGGCCCUGCAGCUGCCUUAUCGCCUACUCAAGGAGGUGCUCAAGAGCGACCGCCUCACCUCGCUGAGUGAAGAAGAGAUAUGGAAGUUUGUUGUUCUGUGGUUGGAACAUGACUGCCGCUACCAGUACACCGAGGAUCUUCUGCAACACGUCCGCUAUGGCCUGAUGGACGUCUCAACGCUACACCACCUGGCCUGUAGCCACCCACUGGUCCAGUCCAGCCCCACCGUCGCCACCCUGGUAGAAGAAGCCCUAAAUUACCACCACGCCACCUUUCCACAGCCCCUCCACCAGUCGGCCCGCACCAGACCUCGCUUCCAGUCCCUCACCCUCUACAUAGCCGGCGGGAGGAAGCGGGAGGUUUGCAGAGUCCAGGAGUUACGGUACUUCAAUCCGGCCGCACAGGAGCACGUACGUGUGGCGGGGGGUUCAAACUGGAGCGAGCUGGCGCCAAUGCCCAACGGGCGCAGCCACCAUUGUGUCUCCGUAAUGGGGAACUUCCUCUUUGUUGUGGGUGGGGAGAUGGAGCACGCUAGUGGGAGGACGUGUGCGGUAAGGACUGCGUGUCGAUACGACCCCAGGGCCAACCGAUGGACCGAGAUAGCCCCCAUGAAGGCCUGCAGAGAACAUUUUGUACUGGGAGCCUUGGGUCAGUACCUUUACGCUGUUGGCGGCAGGAAUGAGCUGAGGCAGGUGCUUCCCUCAGUAGAGCGCUACUGUCCAAAGAAGAACAAGUGGAUGUAUGUGCAACCUUUUGACCGCUCACUUUCCUGUCAUGCUGGAUGUGUGGCGGAAAACCUGCUCUGGGUCUCAGGUGGGGUGACAAACACAGCUCAGUACCAGAAUCGCCUGAUGGUGUACGAGCCCGAGCAGGACCAGUGGUUAGCCCGCAGUCCCAUGUUGCAGCGGCGGGUCUACCAUGUCAUGGCGGCGGUGAGAAGGAAGCUCUACGUGCUCGGUGGGAACGACCUGGACUACAAUAACGACCGGAUCUUGGUGCGACACAUCGACUCCUACAACCUGGACGUGGACCAGUGGACACGGUGCUCCUUCAGCCUCCUCACAGGUCAGAACGAGUCUGGAGUAGCAGUCCAUGAUGACAGGAUCUACGUGGUUGGAGGAUACUCUAUUUGGACCAAUGAGCCUUUAGCGUGCAUUCAGGUGCUGGAUCUAAGCCGAGAGGGCAAAGAAGAAGUUUUCUAUGGGCCAACGUUACCAUUUGCCUCAAAUGGGAUUGCAACAUGUUUCCUCCCCGCUCCAUAUUUCACAUGUCCCAACCUUCAGACUCUCCAAGUACCUCAUCACAGAAUUGGUGCCGUUUAACCACUGACGGUCACCACAAUGCAAACAUUAAAAGGGGAUGGAGGAAUAUUCCACGUGGACACUCAUCGUUUGCAAAUCUGACGUUUUAACUUUAACUUGAUCACAGUAUUAACACUCCUAUUGAAACCUUCUGUUUCCCCAUAUUAUUAUGGUGAAUAAUAACAUUAUGAAAGCAAGGAAAAAAAUAAUUUCAAAGACACAAAACAGUAAAGACAGUCGUCCUUCGCCACAUCGCACUUCAAUUGUGGAUUCACUGUAUCGUUGAUUUUUUGAAAAGAAUAUAUCCUACUUAUUCUUUGGUCUAAAUGUGUUGAAUUACGUUUUAUUUAUGUCAUAUGUAUUACACUGCAGUAAUUGUCUAUUUCCUAUUCUAAUGUUGUAGUGAUCGAUAAAAGAUAGCGACUUGUAGUAGCAAUGAUGUUUGGAAGAUCCUCCAGGCUACAGGUGAGUACUCUAAUCUACAGUAGGCCUACAAGACAAAAAAAUAAAUGUGGAUUAUACAGUAAAAAAAUUGCAGUUCAGCAAAAUAUAGUGGUUUUUACACCGAAAUUACUCUAAACGGAAAAUAUCUAUACAACAUCUAUUUUUACAGUCAAAUUAAGGCAAAUUAAUUGCACGUUUUUACCGUAAAAUGUAUCGAUUUUGCCGUGCAUUACUGUAAAUGUAAAAAAAAAAAAAAUCACUUUUAUUUUACAGUAAUAUUCUGGCAACUAAACUGUUUAUUCACCGUAAAAUCUACAGUUGUUGUUUUUACAGUGAAUUCAUUUAAUUCAGUGUUUUUUAAAUUGUUAGGCCAAAAAACAUGUUUCUCAGCUGUGGUCCAUAAAGGCUUUAGCUGUACUCAGUUGUAAUACACUUUUCCACCACUUACGCUAGUAAUGACAAUAUCAGACAAACAAAAGAAGUCUGGAGCUAAAGUCAUAGAGAAGUUUCUUAAGCGUAAAAAUUCUGACUUAAGUGGUGAAGUUGUGUUUUCAUUUGCACUUAAAUUUUAUUGACAGUUUAGUUAAGAAACAUACAGUAUAUUAUUAUUUAUUAUUACUUUAGUUGCAAAUGAUUUAGUUUACCACUGCAUAAUUUAUGUAAUGGUAAAAUAAUGUUUUAUCAGUUUUUAUGAAUCCCUUCUUUUGCACUAUAUUUGAUUAGUAUUUAUUGUUGUUACAGCUUGACAUAAGACUUGAUAAUAAUAUUUGUGAAUAACACAUGGUUUCAUUUUAUUUGACAAGGUAUAUCCUGUUUAACCCUAAGUAGGUUCGAUGUAAUUAUUGAAUAUGAUUAAAAUCUUAAGUAAGUUUACUAAUUCAGUAUUAAUAUUUGAGUGGGCCGGGCCACUCUGUAGUGGAAAAGUUAGGCCGAGUUGCCAGUUUAACGUAAUAAUCUACUAUUGUUUUUACUAUGCAAUAUUGUAAAUUAAAAAAAUGGUACCACUCUUAUUUUACAGUAACAGCUUGGUGACUAAGCUGCUAUUUUUUUUUAUUUAUUUUUUUUUACAGUAAAAUCUAUUGUUGUUUAUACAGUGCAUUACUAUAAAUAAAAAAAAACAACUUAAAGACUAUAUAGGAGUUAUUUUUAUGUUUCAAAAUAUUUGAUUAAUUAAAACAAUCCUACUUUGCAGAAAUUAAUUUACUAUUUUAAGGUCUAGAACUAAUUAGCUGUGAUAUCUGAGGGACGACUGUAGACAUAUUUUUAACUUGACUAAUUACUCACUACAGCAUAUAAAGUUAUUAAAACAUGUGUUUUAUUUUUUGUUUUCUAUCUCAAAUAAGGCAGCAGUUUGUGUAUAUUUUAUCAACUUCUGUAUGUUAAACAUGCAUAAUGUGUCCGGGACCUAAGACUUGUUUUUGUCAAACAAUAUCUGCUUAAUAUUUUCCAAAGGUAUGCAAAUGCUCAGACAGUAUUUGUUUUACCAAAAGAGUGUGACCAUUCCCUUGUUGGCGAUACUUUUCAAAAAUAAAUAUUUAAGUGACUUGCAGCGAGAUUUAUUAUUGUAAACGAAAUUGCAAUAGAAGAAUUAGGGUUUGUUUUCUUGAUCGUUGAGCAGCAAUAGACAAGCGAAGAGUAAAUUGAAGCACUGCAUGAAUUCUGCAGCAAGCAUUGAGGUUGAAGAGGAAGGCAGCGCAGCAGACCAAAACACUGCGGUUAAAGUGAGGCUGGAAAAUGACUUGAGUGAAAUGAGUGAGACUUUGGGUGAUUUGGAGCAAACUACAAUCACAUUGCAAGUGACUGCUAUGGCUUGUAAAGAGACAUAAAAUGCUUUCUUUUUGGUACAACUUUUACCCCCCAACAGAAUCACCAUCUUCAAUUUUGGAAUUCAGAAAUCCAACCGAGAGAUAGCAGCACCUAACUCUCCAUAUCACUUCACCACUCAUGCCUUGACUUGACCUAUUACAUUGCAAUGCAUUUUCACAGUAUUUGAACAUUUUAUUGUUAAAAAUAGUGGCGUGCAUUCUUUUGGAUACAG